GCAGAGGAGGCAGCGUCUUGACCACAGUGGACUCAGCCGGCGAAGCAUCGCGUGUGUGUGUACCCGCCUUCGGCGCUAUAGCUGCCGGGAUUCCGCGGUAACGCAUAUAAAAUCGGACAGCGUCGCGCGUUUUGCGUGGGACAUCUGUCACAGAAGGAACACCACCGGCGUCUGGAUGGCGUGUGCUCCGUGCGCUAUGAGGACGCUGGUAAGCGCGGCGUGGUUGCUUUUGUUCGUCGGAGGAGGUGUCUUGCUGAGGAGCCAAGCUGACGCCGCCUUCCAGCGUGCUGUGCCAAUAGGACCCAAGGGCCGAGUCAUCAAGGAUUGCGAGUGGCGGUACAGGCAUUUGAACGACACAGACGAGCUGCUUACGUGCAAGAAAUGUGUGAAAGAGUUCGACCUCCCCUUUCCGCCACGGCGAAGUAACGUGAUCCAGAUGAGACAGUCAUGCGUUAAACCGUAUACCGCCAAAGAAGCUGCUCUCGUGCUGUGCAACGCAUUCCACGGUGUACCUGGGCAACAAGAUCUACGGGAGGAGUGCGUACGCUGCGUCGAAAACUUCCAACUGCCAGAAAACGCCACCAAAUUUGAGCAACGAGAGAUCGACUGGAAAUGCAUGCCCCACCCGUCGCCGACGGACCUAUUGCACAUGGAAUGCCGAUAUCGGUUCAACAAAAAUCCCGAGAACCAAACGGAGUGCUACAAAUGUGUCAACAACACGGGUAUUGACGACAGCGCGACAUUUGCCGAGUACAGAAGAGUGGAAUCUACGUGCAUGCCAAGGUCAAGCCCCAAGGAAAGGCUAAAGCGUCUCUGCAAGUGGAGGUACAUCGACGACGAACAGGCCGCUCAGUGCCAGCAAUGCGUUGACGAGUACCCGCUUCCAGCCAACUUCGAAUACGAGGACGUUUCCAACCUGCGGAACAAGUGUCUACCAAGGCCUUCACGAAAAGAACUUCUCCGCAAGACGUGUGACUGGUAUUUCAGAAACCAAAAUAUCGAGAAGUCGGCGUGCGAAGCUUGUGUCGAGAAGUCCCGCCUCGACGAGAACGCAUCUUAUGAUGAUGAAGCACAAGUAAGAAGCAUCUGCAUGCCACGGAAACCGCCUAGGGAGAGAGUCAAGGAUGCCUGUCCUCGACGAUUCAAGGAUUCGGAGGAAAUUGAAAAAUGCCGAAAAUGCGCUGACAACUUUAUGAACGAUCCAGCUAACAACGAAGUACAAACGGUGGACGUACAGCAACUAUAUCGUCGAUGUUUGGCCGGGAAUAAUCUGAAGGCUCGCCUGCUGCAAGAGUGUCAACAAAAAAUGCCAGAACCCGACGUGGCUAACAAGUGCAAAGCGUGCAUCCUCCGAACCUACCAGUGGAGAGUACCGAAGCAUAUGAUCCGUGAAGCAAGAAAACGCUGUUUCAUCGAGGGUUUUCAAGAGAACGAAUCAUAACCAGGUCUCCUCCGGCUUAAACGACGGCAUCGAAUUUUUAUGCUUCUCUACUGUUUAUUGUUUAAUAAAAAUGUUUCCGAUAAAGUAAAAAAAAAGUAUUUGUUUUUAAUCAAAAAUAAAA